AUGUCUAUCUCAAAUGAUGGCAUAAUUGUUUCCUCCAUUCCUCACCCUUCAUUAUCUUGGGAAGAAUGUGACGCAACUUACCUCUACGAAUUAAAGUCUGAUAACACCUUAAUUAAGCAUAAAAGGUCUUCAACGGUUAAACUUAAUCGACAAUUUACAGAUAGUGAAUCAGUAGAGCACAUACCAGCAAACGUUAUAGAUGAAUUCCAUCAUAUACUCACUCAAGCUGUCGACAAACGCGUUAGGUGUAUACCCACCCACAACAAGACAACCUCGAACAUCAAAGAAUGCAAACUAGCUGUCUUGUUCUCUGGUGGCAUCGACUGCACUAUGGUUGCACAUCUGGCAUCAAAACUGCUACCAAUUUCUGAACCUAUAGAGCUAAUCAAUGUGGCAUUCUGUGCUACUCCAAAUGCCUCCCUUGAAACCGUUCGUGAGGUGUGCAGUCGGGCACCUGAUCGUCAAACAGCGUUGGAAGCGGUGGGGGAGCUAGAAAAGCUGCAUUCAGACAGAGAGUUUAGACUAGUAAAUGUUGACAUAUCAACAGAGGAUUACAAUUGUGAAAAACAGAACGUUAUUGAGCUUAUGUAUCCAAAGAACACCGUUAUGGACCUAUCACUCGCUGCUCCACUAUAUUUUGCAUCGCGCGGAAACGGGCAUCUCUUUAACACAGGGGAGGACUACACAACGCAAGCCAGAGUACUGUUGAGUGGACUCGGAGCAGACGAGGCUUUGGGAGGGUAUGGCAGACAUCGAGUGGCAUAUCAGAAAGGAGGCUGGGAGGGAGUAGCAGAUGAGCUAGAGAUGGAUUUGGAUAGAUUACCUUCCCGCAAUUUGGGACGCGACGAUAGAGUGAUCGCGCAUCAUUCACGUGAAGUCAGAUUCCCAUUCCUUGCUUAUCCACUGCUUGAGUGGCUGAGCAAACUGCCGCUGCACCAGAAGGCUGAUUUUAGACAGGCGGAAUUGGGCGAUAAGCGUCUUUUACGCAUAUUGGCAGCAUCAGAAGGUCUGAUGAGCGCAUCUAAACGCGCCAAACGCGCUAUGCAGAGGCAGCAAAGCUAA